GAGCUUUUGCAAAGGCCCUACACUACAAGGAAAUGGAAUCUGAAGGCGCGCUUUCAAAUAGGAGGGAUGCAAAUCCUGUUGCUGUAGCUCUAAUCCAUAUAAAUAAUCAAUAUCAACAUGAGGCAGCUGUUGGAAUAUUAACAUAUGCUCAGCAGCGUUUGGGGGUUCAGUUGAAGAAGUCAUGGUAUGAGAAGUUGCAAUGCUGGGACGAUGCUCUUAAAGCAUACACUGCUAAGGCGUCACAAGCUUCGAGUCCACAUCUUGGUUUGGAUGCCACUCUAGGACGUAUGCAAUGCCUUGCUGCUCUAGCUUGGUGGGAGGAGCUUAGCAAUCUUUGUAAGGAAUACUGGAUGCCAGCUGAGCCAGCAGCUCGACUGGAAAUGGCACCAAUGGCUGCUAAUGCUGCUUGGAACAUGGGUGAGUGGGAUCAGAUGGCAGCAUAUGUUUCUCGGCUUGAUGAUGGUAAUGAAACCAAACUCCGAGUCUUGGGAUAUACUGCUUCCAACAGUGAUGGAAGUAGUAAUGGCACCCUUUUAAGGGCCGUUCUUCUAGUUCGUCAAGGGAAGUACGAUGAAGCACGUGAAUAUGUUGAAAGUGCACGGAAAUGUUUGGCAACCGAGCUUGCUGCACUGGUUCUUGGAACCUUUGAAUGUGCUUACCGCAACAUGGUUCGCGUUCGGCAGCUCUCUGUAUUAGAAGAGGUCAUUGAGUACUGUACUCUUCCUCCUAUGGGAAACCCUGUUGCUGAUUUGCAAUAUGUGGAAUGAGCGCAUAAAGGGUGCAAAAUGAAAUGUCGAGUUUUUGCAAGUCUGGCAAGCACUUUUAGCUGUGAGGGCACUUGUAUUGCCUCCUACAGAAGAUAUAGACACAUGGAUCAAGUUUGCAUCUCUCUGCCGGAAAAAUGGAAGAAUUAGCCAAGCUAGAUCUACGUUGAUUAAACUUUUA